GAGGGAUAACCACUUCAAUACAUACUGUAUAUAAUAUUGUUUAAAGAAAAAAGAAACUACUGGGAAUCAAAGUUCCAGUGAUCUUUAGUGGAAAUGACUAUAUCUAAUUGCAAGCUCAACUACUGUAUAUUUAAAGAGAAUCAGCUUUGUGAGAAUGUAUUUAGCGGCCUGCUCAAGUAUGCUCUAAUUAGCAUUACUGAUUUAGAAAUUCAUUUUUCAGGCAUCUGCUCAGCACUUCGCAAUCGUUUCAUUUUUUCGGUCGAACAAAUAUCCGAAGUAUUUGAAAGAUUUUUUAUUCGAGCUCUCAUGUUAAUUAAUGGAGAGAAAUGGGCCUGUGAAACCUGCAUCAAAGGUCACCGUGCAACUCAUUGUAAACAUACAGAUCGUGUGUUGGUACCGAUUAAAAAGAAGGGAAGACCCUCAACACAAUGUAAACGCUGUCGAGAACUUCGCAUUAUAAGACAGCUUCAUGUAAAGUGCGAUUGUGAAGAUCAAAGCCCCAAUCCACCUAAAAAGAAAAAAGACUCAACGAUUGCCAUAAAAAAAAAGAUGAAAAUUGACAUUUUACGGCCGAUAGCACCCAAACAAGAGGUGAAGCCAAGUUGUUGUGGUGGAAAAAAAAUGUCGAUCAUGCCCAUGUUACCAGCAGCACCAGCAUUACCAAUGCCACCAAAAUUACAAGCACCUCCAGCACUUCCAGCAUCACCAAUGUCCUCAGCAUCCUCAAUUUCAUCGAUGACCGGAAGUUGUUGCACAAAACCACCGACAUUACUAUUUGAAGCAGUUCCAUUACCUAAUAUACCACCACCUACAUCCUGUUGUGGACCGCCUUCUAAAAACCAACAAGGCGAAACUAUCCGAGUGGUAACUUGCCGAUGCGGUGAUUCUUGUGCCUGCAUUGGAUGUGACGCUCACCCCUCGAGGGCAAUGAAGGAAGGAAAAAAUGAUGUUUAUAUUGGAUUUGACAGUAUCAACAAUAACCGAAGAUUAUCGAUUGCUUCAAUGUGUUCCAGCAAUACUUUACCAAAAUUAAAUAUUCAACCCUCGGAAAUGGAUCAUCCAAGCUCUAUAUUAUCUGAAGAUGGCGUAUUGUUAUGUGGCUGUGGAUGCUCCAAGACAUUCGAGGAUUGCUCAGGAUGUUUUAGUGAAUUAUGUCAAGAGGGAUAUCUGUAAUAUAUUUUUUUAAAUACACUUUUAUUAUGAUUAUUGCUAUUACUAUUAUAUUAUUGAGAAUAUGAAGGUUGUUGAAGACCACGAUGGUCCAUAUUUCUAUUAGGUUGACUUCUUGUAUUAGGUGAGGGCGAUCUAUUAUGAUUAGGUGACAAUGAUCUAUGAUUGAUAGGUGAAGGUGAUCUACUUUGCUGAUUAUAAUGAUAUGCUUGUUGUUGCUGCUGCUGGUAAUGAUGAAGAUUCGGAUCAAGAUAUCCCC